GGAACGGCCAAAAUUCGCCGGUACGCUCUUCAUGGAUCGGUCACCAGGGAAGAUCAGGUUUUGCCGGCAUAAUAUCAGCCUUAGCGUGAGGAGAUCCGAUUUAGCCGUCAUGCGUUACGAAGGAAUCGUAACGUGGAAGCCACUGUAGCUGUCACUUCUUGUCCCGAACAAGUACUACACAACUUGGAUGCAACAUGGGAAAACGGAAUCGCGCUUGCGAAGAAUGUCAUCGCCUGAAAAUCAAGUGCGAUGUAAGUACAUCCUCUGGGAAGGCUUGUGAGAGAUGCACGCGCAACGACUUGGAGUGCGUUCCAGCAGCGCCACGUCUCCAACGCGACCGCAUCAACCAGCUCGAAGCUCAAGUUCAGGAACUCAAAAAUGCUUUGUCCGACAGAAGUAGUAAUGAUACAACGCCUACUCGCUCACCUAGUAGCCUCCUCGAAAAUCAAGAUGGUAUGAUUUUAUCGUUCUUGGAUGCCCGGAUUCCCUUUCAGAAACAGCAGCAACUCCUUUGCCAUUUCGGGCAGCAUGCUGAUACUGCCUGGCCAAUUAUUCGCGUAUCCAUGAACCUGGACCAAAUCCGCGUAAGAUCUCCAAUCCUUCUCCUCUCCAUCCUAGUCUAUUCUGUCUCCCAAGACAUGCAAGGCACAGACCUGGAGACACACGAUGAACUGGUACGAGAAACGAUGCGUAUGCUUGGAGAGGAGGUGAUAGCCAGGGGCCAGAAAUCCCUCGAACUUGUACAGGCACUACUUGUCGCAGCUUUCUGGAGUAAAUACACCCGAAAGGGUGAACAAGCAAGUUGCUACCAGAUCGUACAACUGGCCGUUGACAUGGCCAUCGAUCUUGGCAUUGCGGGCUUCUCUCUGCAACCUUCACCUGCGGCAUACUUUUGCCGACUGGAAGAUGCGACAUCACUUGAGGCUCGACGCACAUGGCUGUCUUGUUACGUCGCAUUGUCAACAUCCUCAGUAAGCAUGCGACGUCCGAACACAGUGCCUUAGAAUGCCCACCAUGAAGAAUGCCUGUUAUACUUGGAAAGCCAGGGCGAGACUUCCGACGUCCUGCUCUGUCAAAUCGUACGUAUCACUCAGUUAAUACAAGAAGUCUUCGACCAACUCCAUCUGUCUCGCCUGGCCACGUUCGUGAACGGCAACGAUUAUAGCACUUAUAUCACUAUCGAGACCAUAAGAAACAAGGUAGACGUAUGGACCGCGCAAAUCCCUCCCGGACUCCUAUCAUCGCAAACUCUACGAGUAUGGCGACAUGUAGCAAUGAUUCACGUCUACGAAGUUGUGCUGCAUACUAGAACCAACCAGUCGUCAUUCGCUGCCCCAUUCAUACCGGGGCGAGUUCCUGUCAAAGACUUUCCGAUG